GAACGCGUGUGUGGAACUCCAAGUCCCAGAAUCCUCCGCGCAGCUUGGAGGAAGAGGGGGGCGUGGCCAGCGGACUAUAAAUGUGUCAACAACCGACGGAGCCGGUCAGAGCCAAACAACCAACCGGCUGCUGCGCGCGCUGUCCGCUUCAAAGCACCGACACAGAUACAGACAGACUACAAACUACAACUACAAACUACAACUACAACUACAGACUGCCUGUCAGCUGUCAUAACAGAGCUAAUAACAGAGCUAACAGCUGCCAUGGCCGUUAACGGGUCCAGAGCGGCCGUUGGCUUCGUGGUGGCCGGUGUCCUCGCGGCGUUCUUCGGGCUGGUUCUGGUGUUUGUGGGUCCGGUCAUCAUCGACGACCAGAUCGUGAAGAACACAGUGAUCGACCCGCAGAACAACGUAUCGUACACCAUGUGGAAGGACGUCCCCGUGCCGUUCUUCAUGUCCGUCUACUUCUUCAACAUCCUCAACCCCAAAGAGAUUCUGAAAGGAGAGAAGCCCAUGGUGGAGCAGAGAGGCCCGUAUGUUUACAGAAAACAGAUCCAGAAAGACAACAUCACGUUUCACGACAACGACACGGUGUCCUACAGAGAGUACAGAAAAUAUUUCUUCGAGCCGUCCAUGUCUGUCGGCAAUGAGUCCGACGUGGUCAUGAUUCCAAACAUGUUGGUGCUGGGUGCAGCGGUGAUGAUGGAGAAGUUGCCCUACGCUGUGCGUUUGAUGAUCAGCUCCACCUUCAAGGCUUUCAACGAGGGGCCCUUCCUGAACAAGACAGUCGGGGAGCUGAUGUGGGGUUACGACAGCAAACUGGUGGAUUUCCUCAAUAAAUACCUGCCGGGCAUGCUGCCGUCGUCGGGGAAGUUUGGCCUUUUUGCUGAAUUCAACAACUCCAACACCGGCCUGUUCACCAUCUUCACGGGGAAAGACGACAUCAGGAACGUGCACAAAGUCGACUCGUGGAACGGCCUGACGGAGCUGACCUACUGGCGGACUCCUCAGUGUAACAUGAUCAACGGCACGGCCGGACAGAUGUGGCCUCCCUUCAUGACCAAAGAGACCACGUUACCUUUCUACAGCCCCGACGCCUGCAGAUCUUUGGAGCUGGUUUAUCAGCGCUCCGGCGAGUUGAAGGGGAUACCUCUUUAUCGAUAUGUUGCACCUAAAACCAUGUUUGCCAAUGGGACGGACUACGCCCCCAACGAAGGCUUCUGCCCCUGCAGGCAGUCCGGGCUGCUGAAUGUCAGCAGCUGCCGCCACAACUCUCCGUGCUUCAUCUCUCAUCCUCACUUCUUUAAUGCUGAUCCGGUGCUGCUGGACUACGUGCAGGGCCUUCACCCAACCGAGGACGAGCACGGCCUCUUCAUAGACAUUCAUCCACUCACAGGCGUCCCGCUGAACGUGUCCAUCCGCCUGCAGCUCAACCUCUACAUGAAGAAAGUGUCGGGGAUUACAGAAACUGGCAAGAUUUCUGAGGUGGUGAUGCCGAUGAUCUGGUUUGAGGAGAGUGGCUACAUCGACGGCCCCAUCCUCACUACGUUUCACACGAACCUGGUUGUUCUUCCGGCCAUCAUGGAGUACAUGCAGUACGGCUUCAUCGCCCUCGGCCUGGCGACGAUCGUAAUCGCCACCCUCGUGUAUCGCAGAGUGAAGGCCACCGAUAAAGAGCCGGUAAACGGGUCACAUGAGCAUGAAAGAAAGGAGAAAUAUAUCGUGAAUAAUUCAGAGAACUAAAUGUGACGUUGGGCGCACCUCUGAGGAAACUUGAGCAUUCGACCAAAGAGAGAGAAAACCCUCUACUACAAAACGACAUGGACUGAAACACACACACACACACACACACACACACACACACACACACACACACACACAGCUGGUGUUGUGGACUCGCAUCACUCCAGUAGCUUGAACUGAAGACGCUCUGCUUGGUGUGUUUGAAACACACGCAGGUGAAGCUUUGACCGUACUGUAAAGUUUAUGAAACUCUGAGCCGGAGACUCGAGCCUGUCGAGGAUGUUUGGGGUUGAGACUGUUUUGUCUCUUCAGGCAGAGCGAGUGAAGCCACUUAAAACGUCUUUUUUUAAAAAGAACCACUAAAAAAAACAAAAAAAAACAGUUCCAUGUGACUUUUGAGCAGCGUUGAUCUGAAAUGUUUUAGUUUUAUCACUUCAUCAGGAGCAGUUGUAGACGGUCGCUGCCAUUUUAAAGAAAUGUUUCUGUGUCAACAACAAGGGAACUCCUUCUCUGUACAGUAUUUUAUGACCAACGUGCCUUCGUUAAAGGGUGAACGAACAUCCAGGUUCUUGUAUUUCAUGUGCACUAAGGAUCACAGAGUUGAAACUGAAUUUGCUGUGGACACACUCCUAUUUGUACACUACUACUGUCCUCCGUAAAAGGUGUGAAUGUAUUUCUCGGAAACGGACGUGAACGAUGCCGUUUCAUGUCAAACGCCUCCUUGUUAUGAAUAAGUGAACGAAUGAAUGAAGAGAAACUUUGAGGUAAUAAAUGAGCCUUUGUUUGAAAUUCUA